AUGACUGGGGACCAGUGAGAACACACAGUGGAAACAUCAUCGGCUGACAGACCGGCAGGCAUCCACCAGACAUAAAGCAUUCUGAAAAGAAAGGAACACCAUGCCCCCAUCGUAAUGUCUGCCGAAGUGUCAUUGCACAAGUUCUCCUUUCCAUUUGCCUGCCCUGUAAGCCGUUCUUCUCAAGACAAGGUGACCCAGAAGGUACCAGUACUGGUAAAGAGCCCAAAAGUUCAUAAACUUAAAGAGAACCCAACGUUAGGGGAGGAGAACCGCGUUACAGUUGUACAGGCAUUUGUGAACAAUGAGGACCGAGCUCUGGAGAGCACAAAACCUCCUGACGGGGGAGACACAGUUGCCGCCCGGCCCUGUGUCGGUCCAGAAGCCUCCCAGAAUGCCAUGGUGGCCAGGCAAAGCGUGGCAGAAAAUCUGAGAGUGGAGGGCGAGGAUCAACGUCCGGCAGCGAAGCGGCAGCUGUCCUCAGAGAGCGCAGCCAAGUCCAUCACAGCUGUGAAAAAAAGUGCACUGAGGAAGGAGCCAAACGAACAGAAACACCUGCACCAGAAAGCACAACUGGGACAAGGAGGGGGAGUUAAAGCUGCUCUGCCAGGCAAAAGAAAGCGUCGGAAGGACCUGUUCAAGAGCUCAGAGGUCUUCCACAGGCUGGACUCCCACGUCAUCAGGGCCGGAGAAGAGCUGAAACUAAAGCGCGUGUAUGAUGUGAAGACAAUUGUACAAAGCGUCACACAGGGAUGCAGAAACGAGCUGGAGCAACUACGCACCAUCUGGGUGUGGCUGUGUAACAACAUUGAGUACGAUGUGAGCGGGUAUCUUGGCCACACAGAAAAGCUGAGCUCCCCAGAGGAGGUGAUAGCUGCCGGCCGCGGGGUUUGCUGUGGCUACUCCAGUCUUUGUACAGAGAUGUGCAGAGAAGUGGGCAUCGAGUGCCAAGAAGUGCCAGGCCACAGUAAGGGCAUCGGUUACCGUCAAGGUCAUAGUUUAAAGAAUGUGAAGUCGGAUCACCUGUGGAACGCUGUGCUCCUGGGGGGGGAGUGGUUCCUCCUGGAUGCCUGUUGGGGAGCUGGACGAGUAGAUAUGCAACAUGAAAGCUUUGUCAAAAGGUUUGAUGACUUCUAUUUCCUAACUGACCCAGAGGAAUUCAUCGAUUCACACUUCCCAGAUGAGGAGAAAUGGCAGCUCUUGGACAAGCCCAUCUCCAUUGAAGAAUUUGAACAAAGGGUCUUCAAGACCUCAGCCUUCUUCACCAUGGGGCUCAGUCUGAUAAGUCCUCUUCACUAUCAUAUAGUCACAGAUGAUGGGGAGGCAACCAUAUCCCUCGGUUUCUCCAAGCUGACAACGUUCACCUAUGAGAUCACACAGCAUCAAGAUCUCCUCCACUGUGGAGCUUUAGAGCAGAAAGAGUCAAUCAAUUCCUCCUUUGGCCUUCUAACUGUCUCUCACAGGUGUAUGAAGUUGCAACUACUGCCACCUGAAAGCGACACAUACGAUGUCAAAUUGUUUGCAAGAUCUGGAAACACUACCACUCCUCUGGUUUGGGUUUGCUCCUUCACUGUUGAGUGUCCAAACCCAAGGGCCACUGAGGACAUGCCAGAGAACCCUUUCCUGUCCUGGGGCCUACAGCCUUUUGCAGGAUCCUUGGGUGUCAUAGGCAGUUCCCAGAACAGUGAGGUUGCCGAAGUGGAAGAUGGGGUCUUUGACCUAGUGUUGAAGACUUGCCGGUCUCUAACGGUGUUGUGUGAACUUGUCCAUCCACAAAUGGAAGGUGCUGUAGCCAGGUGCUGCCUGGCAACUCAGAUUCAACCAGAUACCCUCACAUGUUAUGUCUUGUGCCCGUUUCAUGGUUUCUACCGACUUUCAUUGUUUGUGCGGGACUAUGACAAGACAGAAGAUAAGUUCCAGAAUGCUGCGAAUUACCUACUGCACUGCAAAGAGAAGGUUGUUGGAUUAGAAGAGUUGUUUCCUCCCAAUCUGGGCUCGGCAUGUGGGCCAGGAACCCGAACGGCAAAGGCAGGGCUAUCAAGAUUCAGCCACAACUCAGCCAUUGUGAGUACCCAGCAAGGCAAGUGUAACCUCACCUUCCACAACCAGCAGGACCUUGACCUUCACUAUGUUCUCAGCAAAGAGAACAUAAGCUCAAAUUUUCCACUUUCACGUUACGUGUUCUGCACCUACACAGACCGCAAGGUGACUGUGAGCCUCAGUCUACCCGAGGCUGGGGUGUAUCGGCUAGGACUCUAUGCCCGGAUCACCACCGGAGGAGAUUUCAGCCCGAUGUGUGAUUUUGUUUUAAGGAACAACUCUCCUCAGAUAAGACCUCCAUUCCCCUGUGUCUACUCUGCCUGGGGGAAAGGAUGCGUGCUGUUUGAGCCCCGUGUAGGCCUGCUGGAGCCGCUCUCCUGGGUCCUUUUCAGGGUUCGGGUCCCUGGAGCCCUCCGGGUAAGUGUGGUGGGAGAGAGCCGAACUGACCUAAAACUGAACAAAACCAGAGUCUGGGAGGGGGAGGUUUUCAGUGGAAACAGUCUUCAGCAACUGAAACUGGCAGCUUCUUUGGGCGACUCCAGUGAGAUGUCUGUUUUGAUGAUGUUUGAUGUAAAGCAGCUUCAGCCUGAAGAUGCUAAUAAGGACUGACAAAACUCAGAGUCAAGAGAAAAAUGUCUUCACAAUGGAAAUUAUGACCCGACUUUAAGGUGUGAAUAGGUGUGUGAGCUAUGUUCCAGUGAAGCUCUACGAGACAGUGACUGACUCAAGAUUAUUAUGGAGGUUCACUUUAGAUUUAUACAAGACUUCUCCAACAGUUCUAGUGCUGGUCAUAAAAACUUGAAGAACCAUUAGCAGUAAUAUUUAUCUUCUGAAUAACAUUAACUGUCUCAUAACGUGUGUGUAUGUUUUACCUUUUGUUCUUUUAAAAUCUGCUUCAGUUUAUUGGGAACAUUUUUUGUGCAGUUUGCUAGAGUUCCACUGGAGUACCGCAGUCAGACUGAGGGCUGGGCUGUUAUUAGACCAUUACACCAGUUUUGUUUUUUUUCCCCCCCUUUGAGAGCCAAUCAGCUGCGGAUUUUCUGCUCUGUUCUGACUAACUGUUGUUGUCAGAUGAUCCCAUUUUAAAUAAGCUCCGGCAGUAGAUCAAAUAAGCUCUAUUGACUCAGGAAGCCUGUGAUAUUCAGUUUUCAUGGUUGAUUCAAUGAGAACAAGAUGCAAAGGCCCCGCUGCUUCAGAGGAUGCAAACAUACAGACCUCUACUGUUGUGCUUGACUUUCAGUAUGAGGUACUUCCUGUAAGAUGCUUUUUGUUAUUGUUUUACUAAACAUCUCCAUUUCUCCCUCAUCUGUCCAAUAUGCUUCUCACUGACCAUGCCUUUGGUAAAAAAAAAAAAAAUUUUAAAGUACUGAACCAGUGUAGUAGGUGAUGAAUGUCAUUUAUCUGGCAUCAACCUAACUUUAUGACUGAAUAAAGACCAGAUGCAUUUCAUUGUCAUAAUCUGCCUAAAGGUACACGUUUAAAAAUGGUGCUAAGUGAUGUAGUUACAUCAAUCAAAAAUGCAUUGGUGUAUAGUCAGUGUGGUAUGUAAUGCCAAACUGCUGUUAAAAGGUAUGCAAUAAAAAUAAAUCGUGAAAAUAACA